GCGAAAAAUAUUAAUCGCGAGGAGACAUAUCCAAUCUCGAUGAACUGGGCGAGUUUGUGUAUUCCGUCUCAUUGACAAUCCUUCUUUUCAUUUGAAUUUUAGUUGUAUAAGGCCCUUUUUUCACAAUGUCUUCCGUAUACAAGUCCCUGUCCAAAAAGAAAAACCAAGCAUCCGUCACCCGCGAGGAUAUGGAGGACGCCGAUGUCUCCAUGCACGAUCUGUCAGAUGACCUGGAUGAGACAAGCGAUAGCGAUGACUACGAAGAUGAGGAUGAACAGAAUGAGCAGAAUGGGUUUGAAGGUGGUGUAGCGACUAAGUCGCAAUCGUUACCAUCAGGAUUCAUGCCUAAAACUCGAGUGCUUAUGCUAACUUCGAGAGGAGUUACACAUCGGCACCGCCACCUUCUCUCAGACCUCACCUCCCUCCUCCCACACACACACAAAGAGAGCAAGCUCGACACUAAAAAGAAAACGGCCGGCUACAAUUUCCUCCUCAACUCUCUUGCAGACCUCCACUCGUGCAACGUAAUCUUCUUCCUCGAAGCCAAGAAGCGCGGCCAGGACCUCUACCUCUGGCUCUCACGACCACCAAAUGGCCCCACCAUAAAAUUCUCCGUGAGCAGUCUUCACACGAUGGGCGAGAUGGGAACCGGGUUCUCUGGCAACUGCCUCAAAGGCGGACGCGGGGUGGUUGUGUUUGAUAAGACAUUCGACGAGGCGGCUGUGAUGCGGAGUGGGAAUGAAUACAGGGGUCUCGUACGAGAGAUGUUGCGGAGUGUAUUCAGCGUACCGAAACGCGGGGUGCGGGGCAUGAAGCCGUUCAUAGAUCGGAUCAUCGGCGUGUUUGGCGUUGACGGGAAAAUAUGGAUACGGGUGUUUGAGAUUCGCGAGUCGGAGGGCGGGGCUGUUGCUGCCACGAAGACAAAAGAUGGCGAAGCUGAGGAAGAUGAUGCGGAGAAAGCAAAGCCGAAGCCCAAGCGAGGUGGCAAGGGUGGUGCUCCCGAUAUCACUCUGGUCGAGAUCGGCCCGCGCUUCGUACUGACGCCCAUUGUGAUACUGGAGGGAAGUUUCGGGGGGCCCGUCAUCUACGAAAAUAAGGAGUUCGUCAGUCCCAACCAGGUGCGUCGGGAAAUACGGCUACGGAAGGCGUCCCGGUUCGCGACAAGGCAAGUUAGGCAGACCGAUAGAACGGUCAAGAAGAGUGGACUAGGGCUUACGACGGAAGGGCGGGGAAAUAGGAGGCGGGAUCCUUUGGAGACGAAGGAAGUGUUUGGAUGAUUUAUGGAUUAGCGGAGGUAUGAUUUUGUCCAAUUGUUAGAGCUAUUUGCGUUCAUAUAUUUCUUGCGUCCUUCAUUUUCCUUCGUUUUCCUUUAGUCCUGGUGAUCAGGCGGGUGGGAAUGUGUUAUCUUAUAUAUAUAGACAUCAGUGCCACUUGUCCUUAAUAUUUGGGCUAUUUACAAUGAAAAAUGUGGCCUGCCAGAAACCAAAGAGUGUCUGGAACAAAAUAAUCCUUGAAUUUGGCGUUUAGAUUCCCAAUAGCCCCCGAACUUUUUGCAAGAAAGCCUAUGAUAUAAAGUUAAAGUAUUAAUAAGUCACACAAUUUUGUAAUCCGGAUCCAAUCCAGACCGAUGGUAUAACCCUGAUUACGGGGAAUUUGGAUUUCUAAUAUAUUUAACUGCUAGAGUGUUGCAAGAACCCACAACAUCAAACAACAACAAUAAUUCUUGAAUAUAGAUGUAUUCGGUAGAAAAUUCAUUCUAAUGUACACACGUUAAUGCCCAUAGAUAAGGCAUCCCUCUGCAUUUUUUACAGCCCGGUUAAAAAGAAGGUUCACAUUUUGUAUUCAACCGCUCAGUAUCAGCUUCUGGCUUCGCACCCAUUGAUUCAAUCUCCUGGAGGUGGAAGCUCUAGUUAAACCCUCUGUAGUUCUGCCCUCUCACAUCACGUCUCAUCCAACUCUCUAAUAAGUUUUCAAUCUCAACCUCAGCUAUAAUAACAAGGUGAAACGCCCAUUGACUCUUGUUCAAUACUCCCACAUUAACCCGCCCCCCCGCCCCUACCCCAAAUUUACCAACCACGACUAAACUCCAAUCAUAAGCUACUCACACGCAAAUCCCUCCACAAUCAGCUCCCCCAUAGUUUGGAUCGCAUGUAUCCCUUGGGUCAUCGUAACACUUCUUCCCUCGGGGGCAUUGGAUGCCAGCAAACCCGCCACAGAACCGAGGUUUAAUGCAGAUGCCAGAAAUAUCGCAAGCCAUACCACAACCGGGCUUGCGCGGGUCGUCGAUGCAGAUGAAGUCCAAGGGGCAGGGCUUGGGAUUUAUGCCAUGGUCGCCGCAAGGCUGGUAUUGUCGCGGCGGGGUACGGUAUGCGGAGACGGCGGCGAGCAGGAAGGCAAGAAUGGCGAUCGGGCUCAUCUUGGAGGCGUUUCUUUUAUCUUUCUUUUUUAUGUGUUCUCAGUUGAAUCCUCGCAAGAAGCUAAAACUGACAGGUUGUGGAAGAGAUUGUCCCUGGAAAUGGAGAGGCCAAUUUGACGAAGCUUGUUCAAUCAGCUAGGGAAAAAAGGGGCUGGGCCAAAGAGAGCAUUAAAGAUGUCGAUAUGUCGAGAUUUGAACUGGGCAAGCAAGGCAGGGCCGGAAGCAUACCAUGAGUAUUUAUAUUUUCCUAUCUUUUAUGGUAGAAUGCACAGCCCAGUAUAGAUUUCCCGAGUCAUUCACCAUUUCAAAGUUUGCA